AUGGCCGACAAAGGACUUGAGGACAUCGAUGCCACCCAGAUCGAGUCCAACUACGAUGAGACCACCGACAGCUUCGAUGCGAUGAAUCUCAAGGCCGAGCUCCUGCGCGGAGUCUACGCCUACGGUUUUGAGCGCCCGUCUGCGAUCCAGCAGCGCGCCAUCAUGCCAGUCAUCAAGGGUAGCGACGUCAUCGCUCAGGCCCAGUCUGGCACCGGCAAGACCGCCACCUUCUCCGUCUCCGUUCUCCAGAAGAUCGACCCGAACAUCAAGGCAUGCCAGGCCCUCAUCCUCGCACCGACCCGUGAAUUGGCGCAGCAGAUCCAGAAGGUCGUGGUGGCUAUUGGCGACUUCAUGAACAUCGAGUGCCACGCCUGCAUCGGUGGUACCAGCGUAAGAGACGACAUGAAGGCCCUCCAGGAUGGCCCACAGGUGGUGGUUGGCACGCCCGGCCGUGUCGCGGAUAUGAUCCAGCGCCGUGUCCUCCGCACCGACAGCAUGAAGAUGUUCGUUCUCGACGAGGCCGAUGAGAUGUUGUCUCGCGGUUUCACCGAGCAGAUCUACGACAUCUUCCAGCUUCUACCUCAGUCCACCCAGGUCGUCUUGCUCUCAGCCACCAUGCCUCAGGACGUGCUUGAGGUCACCACCAAGUUCAUGCGCGACCCGGUCCGCAUUCUCGUCAAGAAGGAUGAGCUCACCCUCGAAGGUAUCAAACAGUUCUACAUCGCCGUCGAGAAGGAGGAAUGGAAGCUCGACACGCUUAGCGAUCUGUACGAGACCGUCACCAUCACCCAAGCCGUCAUCUUCUGCAACACGCGCAGAAAGGUCGACUGGCUCACCGACAAGCUCACCGCCCGCGACUUCACCGUCUCUGCCAUGCACGGCGACAUGGACCAGGGCCAGCGUGACGUGAUUAUGAAGGAGUUCCGCUCCGGCUCGUCUCGUGUCCUCAUCGCUACCGACCUCCUCGCUCGCGGCAUCGAUGUCCAGCAAGUCUCGCUCGUCAUCAACUACGACCUCCCGGCCAACCGCGAGAACUACAUCCACCGCAUCGGACGUGGCGGCCGAUUCGGACGUAAGGGUGUGGCCAUCAACUUCGUCACCGCCGAUGAUGUUCGCAUGAUGCGUGAGAUUGAGCAGUUCUACAGCACCCAGAUUGAGGAGAUGCCCAUGAACGUGGCUGAUCUCAUCUAA